AAUGUUCACAUAUUGACAGAUCUGUAUUCACUGAUGAUUGUGAUCUCAAUGUUGAAUCAUUGAUUGAGAACUUGAGAGACAUGAUAAUAAAGAAAUUAUUUAUAUUAUAUAUAACUGAGUCUUCUGCAUUUCUCUUUACUCUCUCUGUUUCUUUCUCUGUCACUCUCUCUCAAUCUUCUACAUCUGUCUCUGUGUCUGAUUCUCUCACUCUUACUAUCUCUGUUCUUAUAAUUCUCACUCUCAUUACUUCUACUCUCUCUGCUUCUACUAUCUCUGCUUUCAUUAUCAGCUCUCUCUGUUUCAAGAAGAUAUUGUAUAGACUUAAUGAAUUAUAUUUCUCAGUAAUCAUCUCUCUUCUCAACAGUAUUAAGAUUGUAA